CAGCGCCGUGCGAUGUCUUUCUUUAGUAACUGCAGUUGGUCGGAGGAGAGGGGAAGAGGAGAGUGCACUGAGCAGGGAUAGUAUCACUGAAUUUAGAUAUCAUAACUACAGCAUGUCGUUUGGGCUCGUGAUUGGUUCUUUUGCCAGCACCAUCAGCGCAAUUAAACACUGAAAAACUGUCCGCAGCGGAGGGUAAUGAUGACAUCACACAAUCAGACUGGCACAGUGUGAUCCAUCAUCCCUGGCCUGACGUUGAUAUGGCAACAGGCAGGAAGGGGUCGACCUCUAAGGGAGGAUGCGUGCGUUUCCCUGACGACGAGGUUCCUGUGGGCUCCCCUGUUCACCGCGAGGACAAAGCCAAGGACCCUGCCAUCCCCGCUCUUCCGGACCCUGAUGGGAACUUCCUGGUUAAGGUGGGGUUCCUGAGGAGUCGACACCGUUAUGAGAUUGUUUUCACCCUCCCAGAGGUUCCUGCCCUGGGGAAGGACGUGUGCUCCCUCCCUUCCUCUGCGUCGCCGACACCCAGGCCCCUCCUCAAAGUCAACCGUGUCACCCCCACACCAGAGGGUGGAGUGAAGGUGACGUGUGAAUACACAACCCACCAAGAGGGCGUGCUGCAGGAGGAGCUGACGCUGGUCAGCCGGGGGAAGAAGGACCAGCGUCUGUGCGUCAGACUACAAGCUCGGGUCAUGGACCGCCACCACGGGACGCCCAUGCUGUUGGAGGGGGUGCGGUGUCUGGGGGCAGAGAAAGAUAAAAGAAAAUGACCUGCCUAUCCCGUAAUAUCUUCCCCAUCUCUUUCUGUAGGCAGUAGAGACCGGCCAUCGUAGUGGAGUGAAACCAGCAUUACUUAUAUGAAUGCAUGCGCGGUAGCACAAACACACACCCGCAAAAUAUACCGACUGUUGACCGUUGCUUCAGAUCCAACUUUUCUCAGACUCUACUUUUUUCUUCAGUCCAUAGAGACUGAAACUUCUGCACAUGUUUCCAUUCCUUUCCGUUCAGUGUCUGCAUAGUAACCACUGGAUCUCAGUCAGUUGGAGAGGCGUAUGCAUUUUGAUUGAAUAAUGUACUGUGAACAGUUUUUAAAUCGUAUCAGUCUGAACUGUAUGGUAGCUUACUUACGGGUUGAUUUCUCACUCUCUGUUGGUUGUUGUGCAGGUGGCACAGUAACACAGGAGUGUUGUUGUUUUGACGUAACCAUAAAACGAUAAAACUAUUGCAUUUGUCCGUGUAGUGUGACAUACUAUAGUUGUAUGACCUUGAGGAUAUCAACUCAGCCUACCCAACUAUUACACAAGCCCAAUUUACUAUAAAAGACUCUUCGAGGUUAGCAGAAUACAGAAAGAUCCAGAGAAAUUUAGAUACGCAGCAACUACAUUUUAGUUUUUUGCAUUUGCCACUAUAAUUAAGAAAAUGUCUAAAUGAAGUUCCCUGUUUUUUCUAACACCCACCGUAAACUGUAGUUAAACAAUGACAAGGCAAUGCAGCUCUUUGCUUCUUGGACAUUCUGUCUUUCCACAACAAGAGCUAAGAAUUAACUGGCCUUAAAUGAACAAAUGCUUUCAAAUACUGUAGAAACAUAACCUUUCAUUGUAUUGUGAUGUACAGUUUUUCUUCUGUGUGAAAGCCACCUUUCACAAACUACCAUUAACAAAUAUUUGAACGCAACAUGCAAUAAUAUCUAAUAAUAUAUAUCUGAGAUGUUACUGAGUUACAGGUCAUAUAUUGAAAUCAAUCAACUGAAAUAAAUGCAUUUUAGUCCUUUAUCAA